GAAAGGCCAUCGUUUGGUUUUUGUUGAUUUUGAAAGUUACACAAGCAAGAGAGAUGAGGUUUUACAACAAGGACGGUUUCGCAACUGUACUCAAGGCUUCAUGCUGACAUUCUUCACUCACUUCCACCGGUUAACGUUACACCUGUGGCAACAGAGCUUUCUUUCAAGGGAUUAUUACAGAAAUAUAUCACAAACAUUCAAUCUGGAAAUCAUUUGACAUACUCGUACACGCCUUCUCUCUUUCGACCAUAACCGUGAAAGAAACACGCUUUUUUUUCGCGUUUCACAAUCCUCUUUGAGUGAUGUGGCCAGAAAUUAUUGGGAGUAUACCGGUUUACUAACGUGAUUGUCUCGGUCGUCGCAAACAUUAGCCUACAGACAUCAGGCUCCGGUGCGUUUAUACCGCUUAUAUUGGGGACAAGUGUGGCCAGUGAGGUUUUCUUUUAUUUCAGCCAUGGAGUUGAGUUCAGUGAUAUUAACCACCGGGAGCUCCGUCGGAUUUUUCAGACUCGUCAACGUUGUGGUCAGAAAACUGCCCAUGCCUGAAUCUGCCUGCAGGAAUGCAUGGAAAUGGAGAAAUAUAUCUACAUCAUUCAUGCACAGUUUUAUCACUGCGAUAUGGGCAGUGCUUUGCUUCUUCCUUCACCCACAGAUGGCUGAAGAUUUGAUAGCAACUCACUCUGUGUUUUCUCAUGCUUUGGUGUCUUUUUCUAUCGGUUACUUCAUCAAUGACUUCCUCGACAUGGUGGUGAACCAGAAGCUGAGUCAGUCCUGGGAGCUUCUCUUUCAUCACAUUGUGGUGAUCACCUGUUUCGGCCUCUCUGUGCUGACUUGCCGCUACGUGGGCUUUGCUGUGGUGGCUCUGCUGGUAGAGAUAAACUCAGUGUUCCUCCACCUCAGGCAAUUGCUGCGAAUGGCCAGCAAUGCCACAGGCACGCUGUACCGGGUCAACAGCAUCAUCAACCUGGGCACAUACGUGGUGUUCCGUAUCAACACGCUGGCCUGGAUGACCCGCUGGCUGGUGCUCAACAGGGACAACGUGCCCCUCCUGGCCUACACACUGGGCAGCGUGGGUAUGGCCAUCAUGACAGCCAUGAAUAUUAUCCUGUUUUGUCGCCUACUCAGGAGUGACUUUUUGAAGAGCAGCACUCGGGAGAGCAAGAAAGAGAAGGAGAUGUAGAAAGGAGGGAGAUGAAGGGACACAAAUUCGCUGAACCACAAAUUCAUAAUUCAUAAACAAACUCGUUACUUUAUGUUAACGACCUGUGGCUGAGAUUUGGUACCGUUUUGCUUGUGUGUAAUAUACUCAAAGCUGGGAGAUGAAGAGAUCUUUUUUUAUCUCUCAUACUGUACAGGUACAUGAAUACAAGUUGUAAUCAACUAGCCUUACAUCAAAAACAGAUCACACACAGACAUGUCACAUUAUGUUGUGGUUUUAACUUUAGGCUUGUGUGUGGUCCCAUCAUCCUAAAGUGCCAUUAGUGGCUCACUAAUAGUAGAUGGAGGAUUUCUCAUAUGAACAAUGGAAGGCCUUGUAAAAUGACACCAAGCGCCUUAUUUCCCACAGGGUGUUUCAGCUAAAUCUGUUAUAAAUGUAGCUUACGGUAAUGAAACCUCUUAUAACUUAUACAUAUUUCCAUAGAAAACAUAGGAAACAUGUAAAAAAUAUCUUAAGAAUAAUCUUUUUAUUUAUAUAUAUUAUAUUAAACCGUUGUGGGUUAUAUAAAAUCUCACGUAACGGAAUCAAAUCCCUCUUGUUGUUUAACACGACCACUGCAGAGGUGAUUAUAUCUUUUUUUCUUUAACAAAUCUCAACUAAAAACUGCGUGCUACCUCAAAAGGGUUGUAUCAAUUCUUUGCCUCACUCUUACACAAGCUCCAUCAUAACAGGCUUUACAUUCAUUGUAAAUAUAAUUCUUAAAUCAGCUUGUUCCACUCAGAUCUGAUUGGCAAAUGGCACUGGUCGUUGUGAUGGUAGAUAUUGCAGGAACAACAGAAAAUCCAAAGCCUAUUCAUGAAUUGCAAGCCAUCACCAGUGACAUCAGUGGCCAGCAGCAGUCAAUGACAGAGGUUGUCAGACAGCUCAGCUGGCUGCUGUAUUUGUCAGAAACUCGGAACCUGUGAAAUAACAGGAACACAAAACAAGCUAAUUGACAUAGAUAUAGAUAUUGCUGCAGUACAAACUGGCAUUCAUGUUUUCUUUCUGUGGUCCGUGAUGGUUUAUAGUCUGCAGUAGGAGCUGAAGAAGUUGUUAUUCUUCAUUUGGCCUUUGGAGGACAGCACACUCCUCAACAACACCUCAGUAAUCUCAUCACUGACUAGAACACUAGAGAUGUCUUUAUUUCUUAACAUCUUUGUAGAGCUCUGCUUUUUAAUUUCCACCGGGAGAUACAGAGAAACAAACAGGUCUGAGAUCUGUGAAUACAGCAAACUGUUAUACACACGGCUGCUCCAAGGCUGACUACUUUUACCACUCACAUCAUAGCAUUACUGUCCUUAUAUGCCAUGAAAAUAAUUGGUGCUAUCAAUGUUUGUUAAGUUGUUGCUUUUUGUGUAUAAUCAUACCUCUUGGGAUAAAAUUGUGUAGAUUUGUAAUUUAUUUGUACUACAAAGAAGUUAUAGACUAAAGAUAAAAUGAACACAAUGUUCAAUGAAUGUCCCUGUUAUUAAAAAUACAUGUAUAGUGAAGCUGAUAUAAUUGCGUAUGUCGUGGUCUUAUAUUUACAUUACCAAAUGUCGACAAGGGGAAGCUCCUAGUCCUCUCAGCUUCAAAGUGUUUAAAGCCCUUGAUACUGGCUGUCGAAGCACAUUACAAACACAGUGAGAGUAGACACGAACAUACUAUUCUGAAACAUAAGACACAAAUUGUGCAAACUGAAACUCUUUGUCCACAUUAAAAUCAAGACAUCACUGCACUAAAGAAACGGCACUGUUUGGGAGGGAGACUGUUAAAUUUGGUUUUAUUGUUGUCGUGGCUGAUUCCCCAAUUUUAGGAUCAUUAGUAACUCCUUUGAAUUUUUAUUGUGAAUGUAGAUUUGCUUUUUUUUCUCUCCAAUUCUUUACAUUUUUUAGUGCAUAUUGACUUUGUGGUUGUAGUGAUGACAAUUGAAGUUCUUUCUAACAAGUAAGCUUACAUAUUUGUGAUUGUGUUGUAUAAGGAUGUUAUGUUAUUGGAAUUAUACAUUAUGUUGCCGUGUCCUGCUCUUUUUGCUAUAUAUAUAUAUGGCUUCAAACUAUGAUUGUCCUGAGGCCACAGGGUUAUUCUAUAUUUAUGGGUAGUGGACACAAGGAAAGCUGCAAAGUCAAGUUGCCACACUGCCUCACAUUUUUCAACAUACACAGUAAAUGUGGUGGCUAACUGCAUUGAUCUCACAGAAUGAGGAAAUACCAGCUCCUUUAUCACAACCAACACGUACAGUAAUAUCAGUUUUACAUCCUUGCUUGUUCAUUUAUAGGUUUCCUUUUUUUGUGGGGGUUGGUGAAAUAUUGUCUAUUGUUAACUAUGAAAAAAUGAAAUUCAAAACAACAGUGAAGACUACUGACACUGUGCAGCAUGUCAAAGACUCAAAAACCCUUCAUUAAGGGGAAAAUCAUGGAAUACUGAAGGAACCGACCCCAACUGAGGUCGUAAAAGCAAAAUCAUCUGCUUUCUCGGAGCAUCAAACUGUCACAUUUAACAGAAUUAUGCCUUCAAGUGUAAAUAGAAGUUUUAUUAUUUCAUGUUUUGGAAGAUUGUUUUGUAAUCAAAACUCAAAAUUAUGUUUAUAUAUUAACAUUUGCUUAAUGUGAAAAUAAAGAUCAAAAGAACAA